AUGCCAAGUUACAUCCCGAGCUCCCCGCUGACAAUGCGAAUGCGGGUGACAUCCAAGGUGGUGGAGUCACAGCCAGGAGUUCUGGGCGCUUUGGUUCCCCUAGACAAGGUUGGGCGUGGUUUUCUGCGCGGAGGCUGCAAGGCUGGGAGGAGGAGUCUAGGAGCGGGAGUAUGCAAAGGCUCUCUUCGCUAUUCCGGGAAAGGACUGGUGGUGCCCCAGAGAAAGGAAGACCAGCUUUGGGGAAAACUGAGUAGUCAGGGACUGAACAAGCUUGGGAGUGAAAGGCUGAGACCCGAGGCGGCCCAUCCUCCUGGCACCCGCCGCCCCGGCGUUGAGACGCCGGUGGCCCUACCCGCAGCAGCUGGGAUGCCUGGCGAAGCUUGGGCGCUGGCGGUGGCGCUGGUGCUCCUGGCCCAGGCGCAAGGUCAGCCAGGUAGGUCGCUGGCGGGUGGGAGCGCAGGGGCGCUGCCUGCGGAAUGCUCUCCUGGGGGCCACAGGUUUCUUCAGAGUCCUUACAGAAGUAUCCAUUUUGACUCGAUGCACCUCCAGCAGUCUGCUGCUCAAGAGAUGAUAUGUGAUCAUUCCCUUUCUUCUGGAUGGUAUCGAUUUCUCCUCUUUGACAGACCUGCUGAGAUGCCAACUAAAUGUGUUGAGAUGAACCACUGUGGAACUCAGGCCCCCAUCUGGCUUUCUCUAAGAGAUUCAGAAACACUGCCUUCUCCUGGGGAGAUAAAGCAACUGACAGCUUGUGUCACGUGGCAGUUUUUGUUUAGCACUACACAAGACUGCUGUCUCUUUCAAAUCCCAGUGUCUGUACGAAACUGUGGGCAAUUUUAUGUGUACUUACUACAACCCACUCAGGGAUGUAUGGGCUAUUGUGCAGAAGCUAUUUCUGAUGCAAAAUUACACACAUGUGGACCAGAAGAAAUAGAAAUUGGAGGGGAUUGUGUUGGUCAGGUGUCGGCCUCAUUGCCACCUCCACCUCCAGGAAGGCCAGAGGUUGUGGUGGAGCUGAUUGAGUCCAGGCUCUUCUGUAGGUGUGCUUUUGAUGUUUCCCCUACAAACAGCUCGGUGGGAUUUCUCAUAGCUUGGUCUAGGCUUUCUUCUCAAGAAAUCAAAGAGGAGCUGAAACAGGAGACCACAGUUCAGGCAUUUUCUCUUUUAGAACUUGAUGGCAUAAAUCUCAGACUUGGAGACAGGAUAUUCUGUAGUGCAUCCAUCUUUUUCUUGGAGAAACCACAUAUACAAAGUUUAGCCAUCGAAAGCCAGGAAUUUUUUGCGGGCAUAAAGUUACAACCUGAAUUGAGUACUAUAUCAGAAGAUGGGAAAGAAUACCAGCUGAGGAUAGAGAGUACAAUUCCUAUUGUUUGUUCUGAAUUUAGUGAGCUUGAUCAAGAAUGCAAAAUCUCAUUAAAGCUGAAAACUGUUGAUCAAGGUAAAGAACACCCUGGCGUAAACUUGGCACUGUCUUCCUGCAAUGUGGACCUCCACCAGACAACAUCCUGUGCCAACGGCACCUAUGGCCAAGCUUCCCUGUAUUACAUCGCUGUCUCAGAUUUUUCACAAGAUGGAGACAGAGUUACGAACAUUGUUGUAGAACCUAUAGUGAAUAAGGAUUUCCUGUGGAACAGCUAUAUUCCAGACAGCAUCCAGAUCAGAGUCAAGGAUGUCCCAACAGCUUACUGCUAUUCGUUUACUGAUCCACAUAUAAUUACCUUUGAUGGCAGGGUAUAUGAUAAUUUCAAGACUGGAACAUUUGUACUUUACAAGAGUACAACACGUGAUUUUGAAGUCCAUGUGCGUCAAUGGGACUGCGGAAGCCUUCACUACCCUGCGUCAUGUAACUGUGGGUUUGUGGCCAAAGAAGGAGGAGAUGUCGUUACUUUCGAUAUGUGCAGUGGUCAGCUACAUGAAUUACGACCAUAUUUAUUUGUAAAGAGCCAAGAUGCAUCCAGCAAUAUCAAGAUAAGUGAAUCUUAUUUAGGACGAAAAGUCACAAUUUCAUUUUCUUCUGGAGCAUUUAUUCGUGCUGACUUGAGUGAAUGGGGCAUGAGUUUAACCAUUAGGGCAUCCAGUUCAGAUUACAAAAACACUUUAGGACUCUGUGGAACCUUUGAUGAGAACCCAGAAAAUGAUUUCCAUGAUAAAAAUGGGAUAAAAAUUGACCAACAUUUUAAUAAUUGUGCUGCUUUUAUUAAUGAAUGGAGGAUUUUACCAGGGAGAAGCAUGUUUGACAAGAUGCCAAUUUCUCAGACUUUGCCUGCAAAACUAUCCUAUUGUAGCUGCUCAAUGGAUACCGCCUCCAGGUACCCGUUUUCUAAUCAUCUGGAUGGUGUUCCUCAACCAGAAAUUGCUUCAGGUUGCAAAGACCUCAAACAUGUCAGAUUCUCUUCUUUGAUACCAGAACUAGAUGUCACCUCUGAAUAUAUUAAUUCAGAAGCUCUGGUUGGGAUGAUAAACAAGCAUACAUCUAGAGAAGAAAAUAAUUUGAAUUUCUUACUGCAAGGAAAGAAGUACAUAGACCUCACAAAACGGGACGUACAUUUACAAUAUCCUGGGAAUGAAAAACAAGAUGCACCAAAAUAUUCAGACAAGGAGAAACAUAAGCAGGACCAGGGUCGCCACAGACAACAAAUGAGGUGGAAUCCACAAAACAGAUGGAAACGGCAACAUUUCAAUGAGUUUCCUCCUUUGUUUGCUUUCCAAAGUCUCAGCCAGACCAACCUGGAACAGUUUACUUAUUUUUUCCCUGAGGACCACACUGAGGAUAUCCACCAAGAGUUUGUCCCCCAGUGGCCCACACCCUCUGGCCUUACCCAGGACAGCAGCCUGAAACUCUGUCAGCACACUCUAGCCAAUUCCAGCAUAGGCAGGCUCUGUUUUGACUUUCUUGGUAAAAGACUAGACCAUGUUGUAGAUAUGUGUGUUAAGGACAUUCUGUUGAAAGAUGAUGUUAGCUGGGCAGAAGCAGGUGUGGCCCUUCUAGAAAAUGAAUGUGAAAAGAGGAUUUUGGAAGAGGGGAAAUAUAACACAAAAGAAUAUGGCAAGUCAACUGAAGACAUUCUCUUGGUAUUAAAAUGUCCCAAUUUAUGCAGUGGCAAUGGGCAGUGUAUGGAUUGGGGGUGUGCAUGUCUCCCAGGCUUCAGCUCCUAUGACUGCAGUGAUUGGUAUGACAAAGUUCCUGAAAUCACAGAGCUUGAGAAUGCUGGAUUCUGUGAUGUUCAAAAGCAUAAUUGUACGAUGGUGAGAGUUUUUGGUCAAGGCUUCAAAGAAUCACCUUCCAUUAACUGUGAAGUUACUAAACUGCAGUAUAAUAGUAGUAAAUGGGUGCUUGGAGAACCUGUCUAUACACUGGCAGUUUUUCAGAACAGCAGAACUGUUGAUUGUCAGCUGCCCAGUGAUGUCCAGCAGUCUGAUACCAUGGAUGUGAUGGAUCAGAAACCAAUUAUGAAGUGGCAAUUAAAGGUAUCUAAUGAUGGUUAUAAAUUCAGUAAUUCCAAAACAAUGAUCAUAUAUGAUGGUGCUUGUCAAGUUUGUGGUCUCUACAAAAAUAACUCAUGUACUAUAAAGGAGAAUGUUUGCAUUAUCCGUGGACUCUGCUACACUGAAGGGGAUAGAAAUCCUACCAGUCCUUGUUUGAUCUGUAGAUCCCAAAUCUCAAAAUUUACCUGGUCAUUUUUAGAAAGCAAAAACUGCCAGGAAGAUGCUGAUGAGUGUGCAUCUGGGCCUUGCUUUCCAGGAGUAGAGUGCUUCAAUACCUUUGGCUCCUAUCAUUGUGGUUCAUGUCCAAAAGGAUUUUAUGGUGAUGGGAAAACCUGUCAUGCUGAAAUAGAGUUUUUAAAUGAACUUACUACACAAAUUGCAGUUCUCACAAGGUCUCACAAAAGUGUAAUUAUGGAAGAGGAUGGUAAAAGUGCCAAACAAGGAGAAAAUGACAUUAAGCCAACAAGCAGAAAUGCCUCUAACUUGAAUUUUCAGCCACUUUCCACAGAGCAUUCACUAACUGGUGCAAGAUUUACCCCUAGUCCUCCUCCGUUCAAAAGGUUCUUGAGUACAAUGAACAUCUCCUAUCUGUCACCAAAAUCAAUUAUGACUCAGAUGGAUAAUUCAAAGAAGUCUGUUUCUCAACUGAUACCUGGUUAUGAACAUGUGGAUCAUAUUCUCAGUGCAGAUCUCAGUGUGGAUGAAUUGAAAGAUCCUACAAACCACAGUCAUUCUUUAAGCAUUAAUCCCAACAGUUCUCUUGGCCAAGGGAGGGAUAUUUUCUACAGCACCAUCCAAAUAGAGACAGGAGAAUAUCAUUCUCUCAUAAACAGUUCUUUGCAAGGUUACACACAAUAUGAAGAUGAGUUUGUAGCAUCAGUUACUAAAGCAGUCACUAUUUUGCCACAGAAGUUUGGAUCAACCAAAAUAUCAACUUGUGCUGAGUCGCCUUGUUUUCUUGGUGUUUCCUGUGUGCCAACCACAGGUGGCCACUUCAAGUGUGGACGCUGCCCCACUGGGUAUUAUGGAGAUGGUGUCAAUUGCAGAGCUGUUUGUAGACAUCCAUGUGGAAGGAGCAGGGAAUGUGUGGCACCAAACAUAUGCAAAUGCAGACCAGGUUAUACUGGUUCCAACUGCCAAACUGCUGUAUGUCAGCCUGCUUGUAAAAACCAUGGGAAAUGCAUGAAGCCUAACGUCUGCAAAUGUCCUCCAGGAUAUGGUGGAACAACGUGCAAUGAAGAACAUUGUAGCCCACCUUGUCAACAUGGUGGCACGUGCUUGCCUGGCAAUCUCUGUACUUGUGCUUAUGGUUUUGUGGGAUCGAGGUGUGAAACAAUGGUUUGCAAUAGGCACUGUGAAAAUGGAGGUGCAUGUCUCGCACCAGAUGUUUGUCAAUGCAAGCCUGGUUGGUAUGGACCCACCUGUAGUACAGCUUUAUGUGACCCUGUUUGCCUCAAUGGUGGCUCCUGUUACAAACCAAACACUUGCCUCUGCCUGAAUGGAUUUUUUGGUGCACACUGUCAGAAUGCUAUCUGUCACCCUCCCUGCAAGAAUGGUGGCCACUGCAUGAGAAAUAAUGUGUGUGUCUGCUGUGAAGGAUACACUGGUAGGAGAUGCCAAAAAAGCAUCUGUGAUCCCAUGUGCAUGAAUGGAGGAAAAUGUGUGGGACCAAACAUUUGCUCCUGCUCUUCCGGUUGGAGUGGGAAAAGAUGCAAUAUACCUAUUUGCUUUCACAAAUGUAAAAACGGUGGUGAGUGCAUUGCCCCCAGCAUCUGCCACUGUCCUCCCACCUGGGAAGGAGCGCAGUGUCAAAUACAAACCAGUCCUGAAUUGUCUCUUUUAAAUUUUUUCCAAGCUGUUAAAAAGAAAGUUAUAGGAGCUGAACAACUUUCUUUGCCAUGCCCUUCUGCCAUGAUACCUUGUAGCAGGCCAGAGAAGCUCUGA